CGUACGACCCCAGCGUUGAUCGAGCGCGGUGCCUUGCACUCACCAGCCGUGCUAGGCUGCAAACGAUAGGUAAGCCCAGCGGCCACUAACCACCAAGAGCCAGACGAGUCAGCAGAUAGCAGCCAGCGUCUUCUGACGCCCAACCACGACCUCGUCUGCCAGCCAGCAGACGCUCUCAACUGAAAUAACAGCCCCUUUCAUCCUUGAUUCUCUCCCUCAUCAUCUGUUCUGUUUCCUUUCUGUCUCCUCCAUCACCAGCCUACCCGCCCGAAUACGGCCCCGACCCCAUCAAACCAAGACCGUUCCGAAACCAUAAUCCGCGCCUCGUCAUUAGGGUGUCGGCCUGAGUCUUGUCACAAUAGGCUGGCGCACGCGGCCUCGCAACAGCCGCCAAGAUGGCCUCCAAGGCCCUCGUCCCGUUCCUGGUGGCCAUGAUGCUGCUCACCGGCGUCUGCAACACCCUUCUGACCAAGUUUCAGGACAACCAAUGCGUCCGCAACUGCGAUGACCCGGACCCCAAGAAGCGCGCUCACUUCGAGCAGCCCGUCAUCCAGACGGCCCAGAUGUUUGUCGGCGAGAUGGGCUGCUGGCUGGUCGUCGGCCUGAUGUCGCUCUACAAGCGUUACGUUGCCCGCAAGGCCGACUCGGCAGGCUACGAGGCCGUCGACACUUCCGAGACCGCCGCCGACAAUGACGACGCGAGCAUCCACUCGACCACGGCCCUCAAUGGUCACUCCAAGCCCCCGCGUAACGACUCGGUCCUCGCCGGCUACCGCGUCCUCCUCCUGGCCCUGCCUGCCAUCUGCGACAUCUGCGGUACCACCCUGAUGAACGCCGGCCUGCUCAUGGUGGCCGCAUCCAUCUACCAGAUGACCCGGGGCGCCCUCGUCCUGUUCGUCGGCCUAUUCAGCGUCGUCUUCCUCCGCCGCCACCUGUACCUGUUCCAGUGGCUCUCGCUCCUCGGCGUCGUCACGGGCGUCGCCAUCGUCGGUCUCGCCGGCGCCAUCUACCCGGACAAGGUCAAGGCGGCCGCGCACGCCGCCGCCGUCACGGCCGAGCUCGAUGCCAACUCGCUCCGCGCCGUCGUCGGCGUGCUCCUCAUCGCCGGCGCCCAGAUCUUCACUGCCACCCAGUUCGUGCUCGAGGAGUGGAUCCUGGAGCGCUCCACCAUCGAGCCUAUCCGCGUCGUCGGCUGGGAGGGCCUCUUCGGCCUGUCGGUCACGGUCUUCGGGAUGAUUGUGCUGCACUUGGCCAUCGGUCGCACCGACGCCGGCCGCUACGGCUACUUCGACAUGGUGGAGGGCUGGAGGCAGAUGACGCAGCACCCCAAGGUGCUCGUGUCGAGCUUCCUGAUCAUGAUCAGCAUCGGCGGCUUCAACUUCUUUGGCCUCUCGGUCACCCGGAGCGUCAGCGCCACCUCGCGGUCCACCAUCGAUACGUGCAGGACCCUCUUCAUCUGGGUCGUCUCGCUCGGCCUCGGCUGGGAGACGUUCAAGUGGCUCCAGGUCCUGGGCUUCGUCCUCCUCGUCUACUUCACCUUCCUCUUCAACGGCAUCGUCCAGCCCCCCUUCAAGUUCCUGCAGGUCGACGAGGAGAUUGAGGAGCUCCUCCCCGAGGAGCCCGUCGAGCACAUGUAGACGACGAGGGUGGGCUGUGACUGGCCUGGACCAUUGGCGGCAUGUGCUUGCUCGUUGAGGUAACGCGGUGAUGACGAGGACUGUGGUUAUCAAGCUCAUCACCGGUGGUGUUUUUCUUAUCCCUUUAGUUCUUUGUUUUAUGUUUGUUUUUCACUUGUCCAGACCGGCGUUGGUGCGCUUGAAUUCUCCUUGUUUUUUUUGGAUUUGGAUUUGGCCGUAGCGUUUUCUCUUCUUUUUUUUCAUCCCCCAAAGUUUGAUGAUUCUUUUUCUUUUUUACCACAUGUGUGUCAUCUUUUGGCACAGGCUAGACAAUCAGUAAACGUUGGCUCUAGAGGUGUUUGGCAACCGGAUUCGAUUCUCAUACAAGCGAGGUGGAGCAAUCGAUAGAAGGGAAUAUUAUAGAAAUGUCUAGAUUCCCCAUGAUGAUUGUGCCCUGGUUAUGUGCAACUCACGACGCUCA